AUGGGAUGUUGUGCUAGAUUUCAAAGAAGUUUUUCAGCGCUUUAUCAUUGGAUAAAGAAUAUUUUCAAGUCUACUCUAGGAGUUUCAAACUGGCAUAAAGAAUCCUUUAAAUUUUAUGGUUCGAAAGAUAUAGUAGAAGAAGCUAGAAAAGAUGAACCUAUUACACCAAUCUAUUUUGCUUCAUCAACAGUCAAUGUCAAUAUCAAUGGAUCUCAACAAUCACACACUAGUCUCCCAGUUUCACGUAAACCUCCUCCUGGGAUUGCUACAGCGAGGGUAUCAAGGUUGAGGUUUGAUUCUAACGGGACGGACAACCACGAUAGACAUCGAGUCAACCUUCGACCUGAUAGUUUAUCAUCACACCUUCGUGUUUCGUCUACAACUUAUUCUGAUUUAGAUGCUUAUACAGUAUGGGACUCAGCAAGUGAUGAAAGUGUCCCGUUAGGUCAAUUAUCAUUCUCAGGUCCAAUCUUACCUUAUUUUUCUUCACCUUUACCUCCCUUAUCUUCUUCUUCAAAGAGUUUUCUAACCGAUUUAAAAGAUUUAGAUCCAAGACUUAGAGAAGCAACUGUUACUAGAAGAUGA